CAAAAAUAAUUCAAAAAUAACAUAAAUCCAAAAUCUCUUAUUUAGCCAUAUAUCUAGGGUUCAUCCUCUGCUUCAGUCCUCACUUCCUCCCUCUCUCCUUAAAAUUUCUCUCUCAUCGGUCUCGCAUUUUCAGCGUCAAUCGUCGGCGACAUUCUCUAUUAAAGAUGAGAGAAAUCCUUCACAUUCAGGGAGGACAAUGUGGAAACCAAAUCGGAUCUAAGUUCUGGGAGGUUGUUUGUGCCGAACACGGCAUUGAUCCAACCGGAAAGUACAACGGAACUUCCGAUCUUCAACUCGAGAGGGUCAAUGUUUACUACAACGAGGCCUCUUGUGGGCGAUUCGUCCCUCGUGCUGUGCUCAUGGAUCUUGAGCCUGGUACCAUGGACAGUGUGAGGACUGGUCCAUAUGGUCAGAUCUUUCGCCCUGAUAACUUUGUGUUUGGUCAGUCUGGUGCUGGAAAUAACUGGGCCAAGGGGCAUUACACUGAGGGUGCUGAGCUCAUUGAUUCAGUUCUUGACGUUGUGAGGAAAGAAGCUGAGAAUUGUGACUGCCUUCAAGGUUUCCAAGUUUGCCACUCGCUCGGAGGUGGAACUGGUUCUGGGAUGGGUACAUUGCUUAUUUCAAAGAUCAGGGAGGAGUACCCUGACCGUAUGAUGCUUACUUUCUCGGUGUUCCCGUCACCUAAGGUUUCCGAUACAGUGGUUGAGCCCUACAAUGCUACCCUCUCUGUUCAUCAGCUCGUUGAGAACGCUGAUGAGUGUAUGGUACUUGAUAAUGAGGCUCUUUAUGACAUUUGCUUCAGGACUCUCAAGCUGACAACUCCUAGCUUUGGUGAUCUCAAUCAUUUGAUCUCUGCUACAAUGAGCGGCGUCACCUGCUGUCUAAGGUUCCCUGGUCAGCUAAACUCCGACCUCCGAAAACUUGCCGUUAACCUCAUCCCCUUCCCUCGUCUCCACUUCUUCAUGGUCGGGUUUGCCCCACUCACCUCUCGUGGGUCCCAGCAGUACCGCGCCCUCACAGUCCCCGAGCUCACCCAACAAAUGUGGGACUCAAAGAACAUGAUGUGCGCCGCCGACCCCCGUCACGGCCGUUACCUCACCGCCUCAGCCAUGUUCCGUGGCAAGAUGAGCACCAAGGAAGUCGACGAGCAGAUGAUCAACGUCCAAAACAAGAACUCUUCCUACUUUGUCGAGUGGAUCCCCAACAACGUGAAGUCCAGCGUCUGUGACAUCCCCCCCAUCGGACUCUCGAUGGCUUCCACUUUUAUCGGUAACUCGACUUCGAUCCAAGAGAUGUUUAGGCGUGUGAGCGAGCAGUUUACCGCUAUGUUUAGGAGAAAGGCUUUCUUGCAUUGGUAUACCGGUGAAGGUAUGGAUGAGAUGGAAUUCACCGAGGCCGAGAGUAACAUGAACGAUCUCGUUUCGGAGUACCAGCAGUACCAGGAUGCUACGGCUGACGAAGAACUUGAGUAUGACGAGGAGGAAGAAGAGGAUUACCAGCAGUAGAAGUGUGGGGAUAUUUUGUGAGCUUUUUAUACAAAUCUCAGUGAUUUUUAUAUAAAUUUUCUGAGGUUUUUUUCAAGUUGGAAAAAUGCCCUGUUUUCCCCCCUUCCCCUUCACAUUCCCCUAUUAUUAGUUAUAUUAGCAGGUUUUUAUUAGUAGUUUGGAGAUAUUUACUGAAAAUGUGAUGUUCUAUUAUUGCCGACGUUAUUCUUGGGAUUUAGAGCUGGUUUGUUAGGCUCUGUGCAUUUUUAUAUGGCAUGGAUAUAGUUGUGUGAUAAGUGAUGUGCAUUUUUUUUAUGGUUGAUUCUGGCAGUUUGUUUUCUGGCCAUUGUAUCGAAGGAAUUCGUUUGUAGUUUAA